CCGCCCAAAACGUGACAACGUCAUGCAAAAGCACCUCCCUCUUCGCCCGAUUCUCCGAUUCAUCGUCUGUCUAGGCACCGCCAGUUUCUCCUUUUGAGUUCCCUGGAAUCACUCUCUGUCCCCUCGGCGCAAGUGGGUUUCGUGGCCCUCUCCACAUUCCCGAAACCUGCUGUGUGCGGUCCAUUCUGUGAUCUCUCCGGCUUCUUUCGCACAGAAAGACAGAUACUCAGUUACCUCUCACCAUGCUGUCUCUCAUCUGGACGGUCUUCUUCGUGCAUGUUGCCAUUUAUUUGGUCAACACCAUUGGCGCAAGCAUAAUCGAUAAUCUGCUAUGGAUUCUCUACAUGAAACUCCCAACUGCGACGUCCAAAAAUGCGCGUGAACAGAACCGGCUCAAACGCGAGGCUCUUCAGCUGAAGCGAGAAAUGAACAACACAAGCUCCCAGGAUGAGUUUGCAAAGUGGGCCAAGCUCCGAAGACGACAUGACAAGGCCAUGGAGGAAUACGAGGCAAUGAACAAAACACUGACGUCGGCAAAAACCUCCUUCGAGUGGACCGUGAAAAUCGCACGAUGGCUCAGUACGAACGGACUCAAGAUCUUCCUUCAAUUCUGGUACUCGAAGACUCCCGUGUUUGCCCUUCCGGAAGCCUGGGUUCCCUACUACGUCGCAUGGAUUCUGUCGUUCCCAAGGGCACCGAUGGGCUCGGUCAGCAUCCAGGUUUGGAGCAACGUGUGCGCAACAACUAUUUCGGCGUUGGCAGAGAUUGUCACGAUCGCGGUACAGGCGGGGGUGGGAAAGACACGCCCUGCUCCGGCGGCUACGGCUCAAAAGGCAAAAUGAUUUGAUGCUUGUCAUGCUACGGAAUGGGAGUCUGGUGGACCGUACAAAUAAACCGUGUUGAGGUUUGGGAAAAGAGAAAAUGAUUCGAAGUUUUCUACUUGUAUUUCAUGAUACUAUAAACGUAACAACAUAAUGCUAUAUCUAAG